AAAAAAUUUGUCAAAGCCGUGGCAAAUCGAAAACAAAAACGUAGAAACGUGGUGCGAAGUAAAAAAAUAAAACUCCAAUUGCAGACAAAAACACACACCGUACGCGAAAGUUUGCAUUUCAAGACUCAAUUUCCCUGCUGAGUUUGCUGCAUAAGCUCGAGAUUGGGAAAAUGGUCAAGAAUCUGGACAAUGGACUUAUGCUCUACCAACUGAUGCUGAGCUUUCCGCUAAGAAUGGUACUUUAUGCGGUAUACGUUUAUUCCAAUUAUUUUUAAAGUUGUUACCUGGAGAAUUUGCUGGGACUGAUGCUUUUGAUCCAGGAAGUACUGAUCCUUCAAUUUAUAAUCCUGUGCUUGGUCAUCAGGUUGGUAUACCCACCGUUUCCAACUAAUGGGGGGAUCCCUCGAUCGCUGAGGUUUCGCACACGGAAAUACCUUAAUAUCUUCCUGACCAUCUGGGUCAUAAUGCUCCACUCGACCACCUAUUAUUGGAACAUCCCGUGCCAUGGCAUCAUGCAACUUAGCCGACUAUUCCGCAUAUGCGCCUAUGGUCGCACCUGGCUCAUGAUGCAGCCCCACAAUGGCGCCCAGCGCUGAAAAAUUAUCCUGC